AUGAAGUCUGCCAUUCUUGCCAUUAUUGUCACCCUCGCGGCUUCCGUCGCCGCCUCGCCCAUCUCUGAGCGCGCCAUUGGCAGUAUCACCGUGAAGCGCUCUACCCUCAUGAACACCCCCUCCAAGCGCGAUAAGGCUGCUGAUAAGGUCACCGAGGAGAACAUUUCGGACAGCGUCAACUACAUCCUUAAGUUGUUCAUUGACGGAGACAAGCACCCCGACGCCUACCAGGAUGAGAUCGACGCUGCUGAUCCCAAGCAAGUCCUCGGAUAG